UUGUCCCUCCUCGUGAUCUGUCCCGUGUUCCAGAAGCGACGGUUGCUGGUGUGUUGGCGGUUCGUAUAUACCUCAGUGUGUACCAGUGGCAAAGAUGGAGAGCGACACCACUAUUAGGAGAAUAAAAGCCAUAUACGGGAAGCAAAACAAUGCAUCGGAAAAGAAGAAUGACUCUCAGGAUCAAUGUGGAAUCAACGGCUGCAGUGAAGUGAAAAAGAAGCCUGAAGUGAGCUUGUAUCUGCUACACGAAGGCGUCGGAGUGGCACUGGUGACUGUAUUCAUUCUGGUGCUGUGGGGAGUCGUUCAUUUGUCAUUACAGCAGCUAGUCAUUGGAAAAUCUACUGGCGAGUUCAAUGCUGUCAGGGCAAGGAAGCACCUGGAGCGUAUCACCAGCUUCGGUCCCCGUCCCACGGGCAGCCCGGAGAAUGAGGUCCUAACAGUAAAUUUCCUGCUGGAGCAGAUCGAGCACAUCAAGGCCGACAGCGCUUCAGGACCCCACUCUGUCACUGUGGACGUCCAGAGACCCACAGGCUCCUUCAGCAUCGACUUCCUGGGAGGGUUCACCUCCUACUACGACAGGGUCAGCAACAUCGCUGUCCGCCUGGAGCCCAAGGCUGGGGCUCAGCACCUCAUGCUGGCCAACUGCCACUUUGACUCUGUGGCCAACAGUCCAGGUGCAAGUGACGAUGCGGUGAGCUGUGCGGUGAUGUUGGAGGUGCUCCACUCCCUGGCCAACCUCUCCACACCUCUACGACACGGGGUUGUGUUCCUCUUCAACGGAGCUGAGGAGAAUGUGCUGCAGGCAAGUCAUGGCUUCAUCACUCAGCAUCCCUGGGCCAAGCAGGUCCGGGCCUUCAUCAACCUGGAGGCUGCAGGGGUGGGGGGCAAAGAGGUGGUGUUUCAGACAGGUCCUGAGAACCCCUGGUUGGUCCAGGCAUAUGUCCAUGCUGCCAAACAUCCCUUUGCCUCGGUGGUGGGACAGGAAGUCUUCCAGAGCGGUGUGAUCCCUUCUGACACGGACUUCCGCAUCUACAGGGACUUUGGAAACAUUCCAGGAAUUGAUUUGGCCUUCAUUGAGAAUGGCUUCCUCUACCACACCAAGUACGACACAUCCGACAGAAUACUGACUGACUCCAUCCAGAGGGCAGGCGACAACAUCCUGGCUGUACUGAAGCAUCUGGUGAUGUCUGAGGAGCUGGCAGACUCGUCUGAGUAUCGUCAUGGCAACAUGGUGUUCUUCGACCUGCUUGGCAUGGUGGUGGUGGCGUACCCGGCCCGCGUUGGUACCAUCAUCAACUACAUGACUGCCAUGGCAACCUUCCUCUACCUUUUUAGAAAGUGCUCCCAUCCCAGUAAUGUGGGAGGUCGGUACGUAAAGGAGCUGGCCUAUGCUACGGCGGUGGUCAUCCUCAGCUGGUUGGUCACUCUGCUGACAGUGCUCAUCAUAGCCUUGGUCGUGUCGCUGACGGGACGAUCCAUGUUCUGGUACAACGACUUCUAUACAUGCAUCUUUAUGUACGGUUCUGCUGCCACUGGGACGAUGGUCCUGAUCCACACACUGGCCAAGAACCUCUACUACGGGGGUGUGCGUCGUCUGGAGCUGGGGGAGCUCUACUUUGACGUGAGCCUGCUGCUGUGGUGCGGUGCCAUGGUCUACCUCACAGCUAACGGCCUCUGCUCUGCCUACGUCCCCAUGCUGAUGGUGGCAUUCCCUCUGACCACCAAGCUGCUCCUCGCCAGGGAGUUUCAACUCAGAGGUGCGUCGGUGAAGUACUCUGUUCUCUACCAGCUGGGUCUGGCCCUGCCCUAUGUCCACUUCAUGUUCCUGAUCUGGGUGGUGUUUGAGAUCUUCACGCCCAUCCUAGGCCGCAGCGGCACAGAGAUCCCCCCUGACGUGGUCCUGGCCACCCUCGUCACCCUCACAACACUCUUCCUCUCCUCCUUCUUCCUCCACUUCAUAUACUUGGCCAGGUCUACUAAGUGGUUGCUGGCAGGUCUGGGAACAGUGUUCACUGUGUUUCUGGUGCUGGUGUUGUGUGGACUGUUUUUCCCCUACACAGCAGACCCCUCCAGCCCACGCCCCAAACGGGUCUUUCUUCAGCACACCACACGUACCUUCCAUGGUCUGGAUGGCCAGGUGAAGAGCAGAGACUCAGGUCUCUGGAUCAACAGCUUUGACUACACUGGCAUGCAGCACAUCACCCCUGUCAUACCAGAGAUCAACGACACUAUCAGGACCAGCUGUCAGGAGGACAGGCCUUUUUGUGGCUACCCCUGGUUCCUACCUGUCAAGUUCCUCGUCAAGAAGAACUGGUACCUCCCAGCCCCUGAAGUCUUUCCCAAGUCUCCCAUCGAGUUUCAGCUCCUUUCUAAAGAACAGACAAAAUGGGGCACAGUGAAGAUUACUUUUCAAGUCAAAGGUCCCAGCCACAUGUCCCUCUACCUAAGGCCCCACCGAGGGGCCUCUCUGUCCAGCUGGUCGUUUGGGGACGGCAUCCCCCAGUACCACCUGGAUGGAGAGUAUUUCAUAUUCUACUCCCACGGCCUGGAUGCCCCCGCCUGGAACUUCUGGUUCGAAAUACAGCCUCCCAGAGAAGAGGACCCGUCAGGCCCAGAGGGGAUGAUCUCAGUAGCCAUCUCAUCCCACUACUUCUUUGGAGAGGACCAGAGGACUGUUCAGCUAGACGACAUGCUGCAGAGGUUCCCUAAAUGGGCCUUCCCCUCUUCCUGGGUCUCCACCUAUCACAUGUACCGAUACUGACACCUAGGCCUAUCAGAUGUACUCAUACUGACAGGCACCUACCACAUUUACCCAUACUGAAAUACUGGGCCCGUUCUUGGGCCUGCUUCCCCUCCGCUCCAACACACACACACACACACACACACACACACACACACACACACACACACACACACACACACACACACACACACACACACACACACUGGCCCAUUCGAGAGACCCCACCAUCACUGUGUCAAUAGGCUCAUAGCUAACAGGAGGGACACUAAAGCUAAGCCAGAAGCAACCUUAUUAAUAAACAGUAACAGUAGGACUAGGACAUGGUCCUUAUAAACAGUAACAGUAGGACUAGGACAUGGUCCUUAUAAACAGUAACAGGAGGACUAGGGCAUGGUCCUUAUAAACAGUAACAGGAGGACUAGGGCAUGGUCCUUAUAAACAGUAACAGUAGGACUAGGGCAUGGUCCUUAUAAACAGUAACAGUAGGACUAGGACAUGGUCCUUAUAAACAGUAACAGGAGGACUAGGACAUGGUCCUUAUAAACAGUAACAGUAGGACUAGGGCAUGGUCCUUAUAAACAGUAACAGGAGGACUAGGGCAUGGUCCUUAUAAACAGUAACAGUAGGACUAGGGCAUGGUCCUUAUAAACAGUAACAGGAGGACUAGGGCAUGGUCCUUAUAAACAGUAACAGUAGGACUAGGACAUGGUCCUUAUAAACAGUAACAGGAGGACUAGGGCAUGGUCCUUAUAAACAGUAACAGGAGGACUAGGGCAUGGUCCUUAUAAACAGUAACAGGAGGACUAGGGCAUGGUCCUUAUAAACAGUAACAGUAGGACUAGGACAUGGUCAACCAGUGUUCAGUAGAGUUCCUUUAUUGUGGGGAUGGGGGUAAAUGGGUAGUUAUUGUUUUACACUGUUUUUCUUCUCUCUGUCUCUCUCUGACAAACUGUUUUGCAUUUUCCACCGCCCUCCGUCUCUGUCAACAAGCACGAGGUCCUCAGUGUCUUCAGCAUCACUCUCUCUAUUUUAGUUAAAAGGCUACAGUGCUGUCAGUGUUGUUUCCUUACAAAAUUAACAAUUUUUAUUUAAACAUGAAACAAACAAAAAAAACUCUCUGAGAUGUGUCAAGGCCAGUGCAGUAGUCUGAAGGUGAACAGGAUUGAACUGCUUUGAGUUGAAGUAAAGUGAAAGCCCUUUGUGUGAUUUACUAACGGUGAGCUCGCUAAUGUGCAAGGAUAUUUUUAUCAGUUUUAACAAGUGAUGGCUUGACUGAUGAAAAUUUCUAAAAUAGAAAUGCAAUGAACUCAUCACUGAAUUAGUAAAUCAUUUAGCUAGGUAUUCCGAUUUCAAACUUACAUUCUGUCCAUCAACAAACACACUGAUUAGAUAGUAGAGUUUCAUACUCUUCAAUUUAGCGUUACUCAUAGUCAAACUAAUGGUGCUUCUUACAUUUUCUCAAACUGAACCACAGUGCUCUAACCUCUACACAACUGCAACCAGGCAGUUGUUUUAAUGCAACAAGGCAGUUGUUUUAAUGCUGUGGCACUUUACAAAACAUUUAUUAAUGCAACACAUAGGUAAGCCAUUCCACCUCACCUCACCAACUCCAAUGUCUUUUGUCCUACUGAUGUCCCUCAUCAAUGGUACUUCCUGUUAACAGUUGAACAGUAGUUUUUCCUACUUCACAUGGUGUAUUUUUGCCCAUCGUGUGCACAGUGUAUAUCAAUAUUUUACAGUGGGAUAUUGUUGUUUUAUUAUAAACCAAUAGAGGUUAUUAUACUAGGGUGGCUGAUGUCAUAAACCUACAUAGACUGACAACACCCUUUCUAGUUUCUAAUAAUUAUAUUUCUAUGGCUGAAGCCUGUGGUGAGUGGGUCAGACUCGGACUGUGGCACAUAGUGAAUCAGAAUGCAAAGCAAUGGACAGAACUUGUAUUUUAUCAGUGGGGAAUCCUCCUUUUCUACUCUCCAUGGUUUCUGUCUUUCUAAUUGUGUUGUUAUAGAACCAGGGUUGGGGUCAAAUUCCAUUUCAAUUCCAGUCAAUUCAGAAAGUAAACCAAAUUCAAAAAUGUUUCUAAUUGAAAGGCAUUGGAGAUAAUUGGAAUUUCAGUAUGCUUCCUCAAUUGACCCCAACCCUGUAUAGAACAUAAUGGUGUUUGACUGCAGGACAGCACCUCCUGCUAACACUUGUCUCUGAGGUAGCGCAGGGCCUGUGUUCAUAAAUAGUCAGAGUAGGAGUGCUGAUAUAGGAUCCGUUUUGCCUUUUUAGGUCAUAUCAAAUACAAUUAUAUGGAUAGAUGGGGAUCUGAUCCCAGAUCAGCACUUCUACUCUGGUAAGUUUGAUGAAUAAAGCCCCGCUAUGUUUUCUCUGGACUAGCUUGGUAAAGUAUUAUCUGUGAGCUGUCUUCAUGGUAGGGCUGCACAAUUAAUCGAAUCUGCAAUAUUGACAUGUGCAAUAUCCAUAUCCCAAGAGAUAUCCAUGUAGCAAUAUUUUGAAACGGCACUCAGCCGCGUGUAACAAACAUUUUAAUAGUUUACUCUGUUGUCUCUCCCACUCUCCUCUUGCGGCUGCUUUCUACACACAAAGCCCCGCCCCCUGUCACUCAAGCAGCACAGUUCCUCCUCUGCUCUUUAAGUUGCUGUUCUGUUAGGGCAAAUGCAAACAACAGGUUGUCCAAACAAGAACGAUGGUGCUUUCCACUUUUGCUUCUUAAUAUAAAUCAUUUUAUUUAUAUGAUUACAACAGUUCACCCAAGUGUUUAUCUAUAUCGCAAGUCAAAUCGCAAUCAAAAUGUUUGGUUAAAACGCAAUUCAGUUUUUUCCGAUAUCGUGCAGCCCUACUUCAUGGUUCUCAGCGAUGGCUCGAUAUGUUACCUCUAUGAAGUAGCUAAUUGGUAUUUGGGGUUUUGUGAAGACUGACGGGUACUUGAGAUUUGAUAAGGAUUGUUACCAGGCAACUGGGUUGUUGAUUUGGGCAGUCUCUUGGACUACACUGCUGUGGCUCCUACUAGUACCAGUUUGUGUUGUGGUGUGUUGAACAGUCGCCUUGUUGUUUUGUAUCCAGCGAUGUGUCCUCCUCUCUCUCAGAGCAGGUGAAAGGAUGGAACCAAGAGAAUGUGCUUUCUAGGUUCUAGAACGUUUCUAGGUUCUAGAAUGUCACAUGGUUGUAGACUAGAGGGUUAAAAGUAUCUGUUGGCAUCCUGCCUUAUGUCAUGCUUCUUACUGUUCUGGUCACAUGCACUUACCUGUAAAAUAUCUGGUUUUAGCAAGUGCCGGAUUGUACAGCAACAUUUCGUAAAUUCUAGUGUCGUUUUUGAAGGGUUUAAAACCCUCUAUUUUUGUCAUAUCCAUCGCUGUGAUGCACCUGUGGUGAAACAAACAUCCCAGUAUACUCUUUGAAAUAUGCACGAUGAACACAAGGUGAUGUUUUGAUUUAAGAGAGGAAAAGAGCAAGGGGGAGGAAACUAACAUGAGCACGUGUCUAAAGACACCCAGACUCUUUAGGUUAGCUAGUGGCGUCGUUUAGUGAGGUUUUGUCAACGCCUGAACUUGGACCCUAUUCGCUGCUGUUGACCAGAGCCCUAUAAAAGUAGUGCACUAUAUAGGGAAUAGUGCAUUAUAUAGGGAAUAGGGUGCCAUUUUGGUCGCCUUUAUCAAAGAGGUAUAUCAACACCACUCAGGCCUGAUGGAUGGAACUUAAACUUAAUGUUUUAUCAACAACAAAACAUUUUGAAAGUAUAUGCAUAAACUUCUAAUAAGAACAUCUUUAAAAUCAGAGGUAAUUUAAACGUUGAAAUCAAAUAAAUGAUUUGUAUUUCUAUCAAAUAUUGUGCGUUCCAAUACAAUACAUAUUCAGUUGAUGUGCUUUUCGUUUUUUAAAAUUUAGGUAAAAGAAAUGUCCCAUUUUAGGUCCUGAUUCUGUAAUUACAAAACGAUUGGUGACUAAUGUUCAGGUUCACUACAUUUCCCAUUUAAUUUAAGUAAUGACUCAAGCUCUGAAGUGUACUGUACACAGCCUUGUUUAAUGUUUUGUACUGAUUGCUCAUCAAAACUGUAUUGCUGCUUAUUCUCUGUCGAAGAUUGUAAAAUGUAACGUGGUUUAUGGUAAUGACAUUUCAUGUCAGUACUGUCAAACUUUUCUUAUGCAGUCAUUUAUCAUAACAUUUAUGAUUUGACAAAAAAAAUAAAAAGUUAUGCUGGGAAAUCAAUCCGAUCGCGCUUAGUCGGCAAAGCACGUUUUAAAGGCAUUGUUCCCACGUUCGUGGUGACGAGAUUCACGGUAAACGCUGGCUGCAUAUGUUGCUUCAAAAAUGUCCAUUAAAAUGGCGCAUUGCUGCCAAAACGCGAUCGGAUUGAAUUCUGCCAUAAAUCACCACUCAGUGUUUUAAUAGUGCACUCGUUUCCAUGUUCACCAAAGCACAUUGGUCAAAUUCAAGCAAACUAUUAUAAACAUUGUUCAAAGUAGCUUGCGAAGGGUUAAGUAUCAUCAUAUCCCAUAAAACAUUGUUACUGUAACUUAUCUAAACAUGAUACUGUCAUUUCCCCAGCCUUGUCCUUUGUAAAUACCAAUUAUAAAAGGUGAAACAUUUCAUUGAAACCGUUUAUGGGUCUCAAAUGUAAUUCUGUAGAAUGAUUGGGAGAAAGGAAGGAUCUACUUUCUUUAUAUGUUCUUUAUUUUUAAACCGUCAGUUGAUUUAAUUUAGUUAUGCUUAAAUGUUUCCUUUAUUUUGGCAAUUACCUGUACUUCAGUUUGAAAAAUAGGAACUAAAAUGCACAUGGUAAUAUCCCACGUCCACGUUUGUUGAGUGAUCCUGUCUUUUAAUUAGUGUUUUCAUUGGGACAUGUACGUUUUUUUUUUAAACCUUAUAUUUUGUUAGAUGCAACUCACCUACUUUAAUUGUACUUAAUUACGGUGUACUCCUGGGACACUGAAUAAAAGUGCAGUUUUGUAUAACAUGUUAAUUAUUUAAAAGCAAUCAUACUUUUGUAAUUUUGUAUUUUAUUAAAUUGAUUUGUCUAAUUAGAUAGCCAUGUACUUAAUUUGUCAAAUGGAGGGUUAUGCCUAAUCUUUUAAAAUCAGUUAUAUAAUCACAGAUGGGAUUAACAUGGUUGAUGGGAAAGAUUUGGGGAAUAUUGUGUAACAGGGUAUUUUCAUGACUUGAUUACAUACUCAAAAAGAAGCUUGAAAUGAACACUUGUGUCCAGUGACUUACCACCAUGUACAGCAAUAAAGUGCUUAAUACAUGUU